CGGCAGGUCGAUUGUUUCGUACCCGGAUACAAACGAGCAUUCCACGUUAAGUUUCCUCGCAUUUCCCGCGCGUCCGUUUACGAUUAUGACUCGAAAACGAAAGAGCAGUGUCGCGCGUACCGCGGCGUCGUAAAAAAAAUAAUGUUUUAUGCAACGAGCCUCGCGAGACACCUCGCGACGCGGAACGAUCGAAAAAUUCGGAUGGCUCUCGAGCGAAUUUAGCGGUACGAGUGAACGUUUUCGUAGCGAGACGGUCCCGUGUAGAGCGAAUUACUUUCAGCCGUAGGCCUCGGAGGUGGGAGGAUUUCUACCUGGAGGUAGAGGAGUACCGAGCCACACGAUUCCGUAAUAUUUAUUUUCCACUGGCGGCCAGUGAGUCACUACCUGGCCGGCCACGGUACGGCGAGCUGGUCGCGUCGCGUGUCCGUGUUCCUCUGCGCGUGUUUGUUGCAAACAGUGUGUUCACGGUGACGUUUUCGAGCCAGUCCGCGACUCCGAACGAAGAAAGGACCCGCAUACGCGUAUCGUCGGAUGUUAUAAGAAAUAUAUAAAUCGAAAUCUCGAGUACGAUGCCGGUGGCGGUCGACGUCGCGUUUAUCGUUUUUUAACGAUAGCUCGAAACGAUUCUAGCACCUGCUAUGUCGCGAAGGUUACAUCGAUAUCCGUAGAAACGGAACGCAAACAACGAACGAACGUCACCCGUUCGUUGGCGUGUCCGCUCGACGUUGGACGUGCCCGAUUCCACCGCCGUGCAGAACAGUUUCUCGCUGACAGUUUCGAUAAAGUUAACCCGUGCACUCAUUGUUCACGCGUUUCGUCGAACGGUGGAGUUUUUAUUUCGUGCGUGUGCCGCGCCUGGAAACGAGCCUCGAGGAGAAGCAGAGCGGUUACGUUCGUACGGUAUAUCGAUACCCGUGUUUCGAAGCGCGGUUACAUUGUUGACUUUCUAUCGGAGAAGCAGGAAUAGCUGCCUCGAGGUUCGCGUGUAGUGACGAGGAAACGGAGCAGAACAACGGAAUUAGUCCCGUAACAGUUUACCCCGUUUUUUUUUCCGCGCGCGAACCCAUGCAUUGACAAUCGAUCGAUCGCCGGUUCGCGAAUUUUUCCAUUUCGAUCGGCGUUUUCGGUGUGCAUCGACAGUGUCAAGAUUCACGAUAACGCGUGGAAAGCAACGCGAAUUAAUGGAUUACGUCGAGUAUAAUCACAGCUGAUCGUUUCCGGUAGAGACUUUAACGAUCGUCCGGAGAACCUGUUUGAAUUCCGAUGGUAUUGCGCGGCGACGAGGUGGCCGUCAGGGAAAAAGUGAACUUUCGUUUUGUAUUUACUCUAAAUCGCUACGAAACGCAAUUUGUCAACAUCGUUCGAAGGUGACCGCGAUCGUGACUCACAAGAUCGUCGAUCUCGUUUACGUUAUUCCAUUAAAUUUACGAAACGGCUCGUCGCGCUCGAACAAAGCCAAAGGCGGACGACGUUGACGAAACUAUCUUCGAUCCGUGGCUGAUAAGCGACGUUAUCGCGACACGGCGUUCCCCCGAGCAAAACCGAGAACGAGUUAAGCGUCGCGUGCACACGAGCCUGCACAUCUCUGUCGCGUGAUCGAUACCGUUCCCGUACACGCAUCGAUUCUCGAUUUCGCCUCGAACCGGUGCCAAUUUCAAAACGCGCGGGAAACGCCUGACCGUCGCGGUGCUCCUCGAACGUACCCUUCCGGCUAUGCAUGAAUUUUUCAACGACGAUCAAUCGCGAUAUGAACGCCGUGGCAGCGAAUCGCCAGCGGGGAAGUAGUUAGCGUUAUUGUUCGCGUUACGUGUGUUACAAAUGGUUUUGACGCACGACCGGUCGGCCGCCUGGUCCCGCGUUUGUCGUUAUCGCGAAUGACAGUAAAGGUCACGGUUUGGCCUGACACCCGACGUUCGACUGUGAACCGUACGCGAAACAGAACGCGUACAGCCACGAUGCUGCCGAAAAAGGAAGGGCAACCGGAGCCCUACGCUCUCGAGGACAUGAUCUCGGAUCUUCAAGCGCGAAGGCACUCCCUGGACCACGAGGACCUCGAGGACCCGGUCGAACUCUUGAAAAAACGCGACAGGGAUUUGGUGUUGGCCGCAGAACUAGGCAAAGCCCUCCUCGAGAGGAACCAAGAGUUGACCAAGCAGAGCGAGGACCUCCGCGAAGAGUACUCGUCGAAACUAGAGAGACUAGAACAAGAGAGGCACCUGCUCCGAAGAAGGCUCGAGGAAGUCAAGGGCGAGAACGAGGCGAGAACUUUGGAGCUCCAGGGCGACGUGGAGACGCUCAGGCGUCAGCUGGAGGAGCAGAAUGAGUGCGCCAGACGUGCGGAACGGGAUCAAGCGACUCUCGUUACCGAGCUCACCGCUCAAAACACGAGGUUCGCCGAUCAGCUGAGAGAAGCGGCCAAACAGGAAGAACAGCUGCUCAUCGAGGUCAAGGUGCUCAGGGAAAAGUGUGCCCUCAGAAGUACCACGCUCCAGGAUCACGUCAGCAGCUUGGAGAUUCUCAGGGACGAGGUGCAGCUGGUGUCUGCUCAACGAACAGAAUUAGAGAGGAGGUCCUUGGAGCUGCGGGAGGAGAGGACGAGGGCGAUGGCGGCCCUCGAAGAAGCCGAGGAGAGAGCAGCGGCCUUGGAGCGGCUCGGUCACGAGGCGGAACUCCGGGCGAAGCUGGCCGAACGAGAGAGAGACGAGCUGACGGCGACGUUGGCGACCAUCGAGGAGCGGAGGAGGAGCACAUCGGGCUCGAUACAGAAACCACCGAGGUCCCUGCAGGCUGAAAUGGAGUGCGAGGAGAGCGGAAGCUCGCUGGGGGAGCAGGAGGAUCUGAGAGCAGAGGUGGCGAGGGCAACGAAGCGUUUGAAGGAGCUGUGCGUUCAUCUGAGACGGGGGGAGGACGACUCGGGGCUGCAGAGCGACUGCGACGAGUCCAUGCUCGUGAUCGUGAACAACACCGCGGAUGCGGAGGAGGUGAACACCAACGGGCAGGAUACCGUCCCCAGCUCGGCAAAUUGUCCCGGUGCCUUGCUGGACCUGGUGGAGGAGGUGUACAACCUGGCCCUGUCCGGAAGGGGGGCUCCCGGGGAGCUUGGUCUGGCGGUGGAGCUUCACAGGGUGCGGGAGGAGCUGGAGCACACGAAGGAGCAGCUGAAACAGACCCAGGACGAGCUGAAAAGGCGAGGGGAGGCUCUGCUCGACACGACGAGCAAGUUCAGCGUCUGCGAGGCCGAGUUGCGUGGUGUCAGAGAGGAGCGCGACAGAGCUCGCGGGGACAUGGAGCAUUCUCAGCUGACCAAGGACGAGGUCCUGGCGCAGGCUUACAAGGUCAGGGACCAAGCCGUGGCUAGGAAGAACAGGGCCGAGGUGGAGCUAGCCAAAACGAGGAUAGACGUUCUGCAGGCUAAUAGCCAACUGAUGGAGGCUAUCCAGCAGAAGGUGGAGCUCAGCCAGCAGCUCGAGCAGUGGCAGAUGGACGUUCAAUCUCUCUUGGACGAGCACGUGAGGAGCAAAUUGAUGCCCCUAACGAACACUAUAACCUCCUCGAACCCCGAGAACGGCGACAUCGUUGCCCCGGCGAGAAAGAAGCGGAGCUCCAGCACGUCGAAGAAGAUGUUCGGUUUUUUUUGACGAAAAUGAAUGUCCUCGCGACGGGAAACGAAAAGCAAUGGACACCGGUGCGCGGUGAGAGACGAAGACUGGCGAUGGAAGGUACGCGACACUUUCCCAGGCGUCUACGUCGCGACGACGGCGUAAUCAGGGACCAUUUCGACCGCUAGUCUCGCGGUCGAGUUGAGAGACAGACUGCCGAUUCGAAUUUAAACGGCGAACACCCGGCUGCGAAACGCGCGGGGUGCGUUACUUUCUACGAACAUUUCUAGAACAAAGAGAGAGAAAGAGGUCAUAAGCAUUUUCGUUCCACUUUUUAUGUGCUCUCGCGUACACGACGGAAACGACACGGACGGUGUCCGUCGAGAGAUCGUGGCAAGAUGGCGGACCGUGUCCGAGUGUUCAGUGUGGAGCUGUGGAAUUAAGAUUCGUCGUAGAUUUUUGUCGAUCUUAUCAGGGCGUUCGAGAAAACGUAUGAAAUUGUAUUUUACAAUACAUUAAUAUUGGUAGAGAGUAUCAGAGGAUACAUGUGUUAAGAAUUGCGCGAAAUUCGAACGUUUUCUGGGCCACCCCGAUAGGAUUCUCGAGCCGUAGAUCUUUCCCGUGGUCGCGAAAAGAGUUGGCGGAGCGUGUCGUGUGCUCGAACGUGCUGGAGUCUGAAGCGAGGAAGGAGAUUUCUUCUUUAAUGCGAGACAAAUGCAUCAUCUGGGAAGGAAAGCGACAGUAAGUCGGCCAGCUCGAGCGGGCAAAGCGAUUGUCUACGGUGAAGCGUAAACGCUUCUUUUCCCUUCGCGCGAACGUUUCGAGAGCGUCUGGUCAUUCCGGUAAUGGCGGUACGGCUCGUUACCGACGUAAGAACGAUCUCUGGUAGCGUGUGCUUCGUAAAGAUCUCCUCUGGUUCGCGGGUUCAAACUUGUUAUUAUUGCUAGCGAGAUGCGUUCGAGAGAAACUGGCGGACUUCCUAGUUGUUUUUUUUUCUGUUAUUCCGGCGAGAUUCGACGCGGCCUGAAGGAAGUGCGUUUCCCUCGUGGCUGUAAAUCAAACGCCGUUUGUGAUAGACGUUCGUGUCUUACGUUAGGUUUGCGAGAGAGGACGUUAUCGUUGGUUGUGAUAUGAAUAUUUUAUCGCUGUUACGGUGAAUCGGACGCGUCGACUGUCAUGGCUGUUUUCCACGCCCGUGGAUGUUCUCGAUAUUAUUUUUAAAUUACUGAACAGAUGGUUGGUAUGCUUGCAUCGCUAAAUAUUUAUUUUAAACGUUUCGAGCGGAGUCGAACUAUGAAAUAUAAUAUCGAGAGCAAGCUGUGGACUUGGUGCCACGUUCUUGAUAUUCUGUCUAUUUUGCACUUUAUGGUUUUCCUAUCCUCUGUACUGUUACUCUCAAGUUUGUUUGAGAGUUUACAAGUAAUUAGAGCUCAUUCGCGUACACAAGUCUUAAAGAAACAUAAAUUUAGAACGACCACCAUCUCAGUCUACGUGUUAGCGAUCGAAGGCGUUGCGGCACUAUUGCCGAUACCUAUGGACAGAAAGAAUCGAUGAAAUGGAGAGUAAGUAUACACGAGGGAAUGUUAGCUUCUGUUACCGCGUCUUUUGUAUUUUUAAAAUCGAUCCGUGCAGGAUCACCCCGCCAGUAGUCAAAAUAAAAACGAUAUUAAAAUGACAAAUUUAUUCAAAAGACUUUUCGACUGGACUACCAAUCGAGUCAGUUUUUAUUUUAAAUUUCGACAAACUGAUCGAUCGCUGGCGGGGCGAUCCUAUCUUUUAAACUUAAUUAGUAACGUCCGUCCAUCCGUUCGAGCGGACCAGGAAAUUGUUAUGCCUCGGGAGCUGUAAAAAAGAAAACGACGGUUGGUCGGUGAAACUCGAUCGAUCCAGCCGCGUGCCCUACGCCCUUUUACACAACGACUAGUGCAAUAACGCUAGAGAAAAUUUUACGCGGACGAUCGGUUUCAAGUACCAUAGAAAGUACGCAGAGUCCGUCAAAUUUCAAUCACGAGUAACGAGCAAAAGUUUUUAGAUUCGUUCGUGAAUUGAAUCGAUGAAAUUUUUAUUCUUUAUUUGUGAGUAAAAUUCGCACGAUUCUGGUCAUUUGUAAAUUAGUAGAACGACGGGGCGCGAGGCUCGUCGAGAUUGUACGAUAGCUGUAUGAUUCUUGAUCUGAGCAAUUGUGACAACAUAUUUAUUUAAUAAAAGU